UAAAUUGCUUUACCUAUUUAAUAUAUGAUAAGUAUUAGAUAAUAAUUUAAAUCUUAACAUUAUAUAUUAGAUUUGUCUAUACAGUACCUAUAUAGGGAUUAAAAUAUGUUUAUAUUUAUUUAUUUUUGUUUCUGUUAGUCUCUUUUUUUUAUACCAGGUAAAUUAACAUUGUAUAAUUCCACAUUGCAUGGAUGUAAAAAAUGUAUACAAUGUAUAUUUAUUAACAGUUUUUCUAUUAGUUGAUAGCUAUUUUUAACUUCUAAUGGACUUCAAAAUUAAAAUGUUGGUUCUGGUUUAGCUGACGUCAGCCAAGAAAGUAUUUUCCCGCCACCACUCAGGUAUAAAGUUGAUGCCUGCCACUUAUAUCUCUCGUAUUUUCAUGUUCUAACUGUUUAUUAUUCAAUUUAUAAUUAGUUUUAGUUAGAGGUUAAGUUAAAUUAUUUCCUAAAACUAAACAUUUAAAAUAUAUGUUAUUUAGUAAAAAUAAUUUUAUAAAAAAAAUAACAAUAAUCGGAAAUAAUAAAUAUUAUUUGUAAAUAUAUUAAGUGAUAAUUAAUUUAUAAUAAUGGUUAUAAUAUUGAGUAUUUACAAAAUUUAUUAUAGAUUUUAUAAGCAGAAAAGUUAUAACUGCGUUAUUCAGAAAAGAAAAAUAUUACUAUUUACUCAGUAUCCCGUACAUGUUUGUAUACAAUUAAUAGUUAUUAGCAGAGCUUGUAAGUUCAUGCAUUUGCAUAUCAAUGUUGGUAAGUGGUAAGUUGUAUUUAAUGCUAGAUGACAUACAAAUCCUUUCCCAGGUACUAUGGUUAGGUAUCUGAAGUUUUAUUUUGCAUAUUUUUACAUAUUAUUUAGAGGUUUUUUAUUUUAUUGGACAUAGGUAUUAUUUAUAAUUUUGAUAUUCCUAUUGAUAUUAUAUUAACGUACAUUUUUUUUUAUUGAAAUACUAUGAAAAAUGCAAUAAUUUAAAUUUUUUUACUGUGAUGAUGAGAAUUGUCGCAACGUAAAAUGAUUAAAAAUAUGAAUGGAUAUUUCUUGCUAUUUCAAAAAAUGAUUAUGAUUUCUUGUUUUUUUAAUGCAUGGUUUUGGAUUUUUAGUACAUAUAAAUGCAUAUUUUUCCAGUUUUUAGUGCAUAAGUUCAUGCAUUUUUUAAGGCAUGAACAUAAGUGCCUAGGUACUUAUUAUUAUAUUUUUAUUAAUUCAUAGAAUUACUGCUGAAUUUAAUAAUAUUUGGUAUUAUAUGUGUAGGUAAUUUAAUUAUAAUUAUUAUAAUUGUUUUCUAAAUGUAUAAACUAUAAUUACAGUAUGAUAAUUAGAACAUAAAAAGUGCAAGAAAUGUAACUAAAUUUGAGUGGCUGGAGAAUACUUCCUGGGCAAAAGAUGAUUCCGAAUUGAGAGUGGCUGAAGCUAAGUUUCAAACUCGGUUUUUUGGCAGUAUUUAUAUAGUUUGGGUUGGUAUAUCAAGAAGUUUAAUGGAUGCUGUUAUAUUUACUAAUCUUGAAGAUAGAAAAAGUUUAAAAACUGAACUCACUACUAAUAAUUGGAAAAUAUUUUCAACUGAUGUUCUUGAAUCUAUUUUAGAUAAGUCAAAACUGAAUUGUGAUGCUCUUCAGAUUUUAUAUGAUCCUGAAUCUAAUGGCUUAGGUGAUUUAGGUGGUAGACUUGGUCCAGUUCAAAUUGGUAAAAAAUCAUUAAUACGAGAUACUAAUCUAGCAACAUUUGAUAUUGAAUAUGAUAGUAGAGCUUUAUACAUGGUUCUGUUUGAUAGUGAACGUGCUGAUAAUAUUUUAGAUUGUGCACAAAUAAAUCUAAAAAAAAGCAUUACUCUCAAGGGAUUUGUUAAUGAAACAAAAAUAAAACUUGAGUUGACAUUAUGGCAAAAAUCAAAAUUUGAAGUUACUAAUGUUUAUAGCAAAGUUGAUUCAAUCCAAAAUGAUAUAACUUUAAGAUUACAUGAAAUGCCGUUAAUUCCAAAAACAUAUAAGACACCAUCAAAUAUAAAUAAUAGUUGUUUGGGUAUUGGUAAAAUUUUUAAUCCAACUGGUAAAUUAUUUCCUGCUGAAGCUGAAAGACUAACUCUAGAUAAAUAUGCUAUUGGUGACUUAAGUGGAAAAUAUAAUUACGAUAGUUCUAGUUGGGAUACAUAUUUACCUCUAUUUGGAAGCUAUAGUGUUAUUCACAGAUCAUUAGUUAUAUACAUAAAUAAAGAAAUAUUGACUUGCACUACAUUGAUACCAUUUACUGGUCCAAAUUCUCAAACUAAAGUAGCUUACUUAACAUCAGAAGCAAUUUUUCGCUAUCCUUUAGUUGGUAGAAUUGUAUUUCGACAACCUAUUGACAUUGGAGCAACUGAAACUGUAAUAAUAGUUGAAAGUUUAGUUCAUGCUGAUGGUACAACACUUAAAGAUUCAGACGAACAUAGAUGGUCUAUAAAUAUACAACCACCUGGAAAAGACUUUUAUAAUUGGAUGGAUCGAUGUAAAAGUGCAGGUCCUAUAUAUGAUCCUCACAAGGUUGUGAAAAAUAAUAUGACAUUUUCAUGCAGUAAGUCCCUUAAAUACUGCAGUGUAGGUGAUUUAUCUUCUCGUUUGAAUAGUUUGUCGAUAGCCGGUAAUAAAUUAAACGCAAUAGGUGUGAGUAGACAUAUGUUUGUGGAUGAAUAUAUGUCAUUGUUUGGAAUAAAUUCAAUUAUUGGUAAAUCACUGGUGAUUUAUGGUGACCAUGGUCCAGAAGCUCGUGGGGAUCGUUUAGCUUGUUCAAAAAUAGAAAAAGUAUGGCAUCGAAAAGCUGUAGUAAAGGACUGGUACAGUGAUACUGACAUAAAUUCUGUUUCUGGUAAAAUUGAAUUAUUCCAACUUUCUGAGUAUGAUCCAGUUGAUUUUGAGAUCAACCUCCAAGGUGUACAAGGCGGUUUUGAUUAUUAUGUUUAUUCAAAUUCAGUUGACGGUGGUUUAGACUUACCUUGUGAAAGUUCAAAUUUAUAUGAAAUUUGGGAUCCAUGGAAUAAUAAAGAGAAUGGAGGUUUACGAUAUGGUGAUUGGAGUUUGAGAUUUGGCUCAAUACAUGGUGCUAGAACUGUGUCUGCAAUUGGAAAUGAUACACAUGCUCAGUUAUUUGGUCAAUUAGUAUUUUUAGGUCGAUCAGUUAUGAUACAUGGCAUGCCUUCUAAAAAAAGAUUGGUGUGUUCUACAAUAGAAAGAGGAUAUGCACCUUCAGAAGCUCGAGAAAUCAGAGCAAUGGCUUCAUUUCAUAACCCUAAUGGUUUUCUUUAUGGUUAUAUACGAAUGACUCAACUAGUUUAUAAUGACGGAAGUAAAAGUGAUACUGUAAUUGAAAUUAAUUUGCAUUACCCAGGUUUAUAUAAUAAAAAUAUGACUAAAAAUCAUAAAUGGGCAAUUUAUGUUAACCCAGUUGGUAUUGAUGCCACUGUUAAAGACCAUGGAACUCGGUGUACUGCUGCUGGGUACAUUUGGAACCCAUACUACACACAACUUGCUGAUCCAUUGAAUGUCAAGCUGUAUGAAGAUGAAUGUGGACCCGAUCAACCUUUACGGUGUUAUGUUGGAGAUAUAUCUGGCCGUUUGGGUAAUAUUGACGUUGGUUCACAUUCAAUGGUAUUUUCUGAUCCAAAUUUACCUUUAGAAGGAGACAUUUCAGCAAUUGGUAGAUCAAUUAUUGUAUUUUCAAAAAAUGGUUAUGAAAAAUUAGGAUGUGCCAACAUUGAGUAUGAUAAAGAUAUCAUUAAAUAUGUGAAUGUAAGAAAAACUACUAAAUAUGAAACGACACAUUUUUUUGAAGCUGUAAGAAAUGCAAUGGGGGUUCCUGAUUGGAUGAUAACUGUAGACAGUAGAAAAACAAAAAUAUUGCAUAAUGGCGCUUGUAUUCAAUAUUUGGUCCAUUUUAAAGGUGCCCUUGCUAAUGAAUUGGAAUCUGAUUUUAGUAAACUAUUAGCAAUUGGACAUUUGCCUGCUCAAACACUAAAAAUAAGUGGUUAUUAUCCUACUAAUGUUAAAUUAAAAAUUCCAUAUCAAGGAUGUCCUGUGUACAACAAAAAAUUAGCUUCAAGUAUAUCAUCUGCAGGGAUGAGGGUCACAGGCUUUUUUUUAGUUAUAACUGCAAUUAUUACUUUAAACAUAUUUUUAUAUGGUUGAUUCCUAAACUCAAGUUAACUAUUUUUAUACAAUUCUAUUUUUAUUUAUUAUUAUUGAUUAUUGAUUAUUAUUUAUGCAUAAUUUUUUUAUAUAAUAGUAUGGUUUUAUGGUACAUUGGAAUACUUGUUAAGUAUAGCAUGUGCCAUGUACCAUAUUCACUAUUUUAUGAUAUGCUUUAUUUUUAAAUUUGAAAUAACACUAUUUAAAAUAUAAUAAAUUCCUUCUAUCUGGACAAAAACAAUUUUUGGCUGUCAUCACUUAUUGGAACAUUAAAAGUUUUUUGAUUUCAAA